ACUGUCAGUGCGAGUAAUCUUCAGUCCGUCAGUCAGAUAUUUUCUGAAUUUCUUAAACAAUUCCAAUUAAUUGGUAAAUAAAAAUCACAAUUACCAAUCUCUUUGCGUAGAAUUUAGUUAAAAAAGUCCUAUAUUUUUUUUUAUAAUGCUAGCAAGAACUCUCGUGUCGAGAGCAGUUUUAAUACAAAGUUUAAAAAAUGUAGGUGAAAUUAUGAAACACUCGAGAAGAAACGCAGGACACGGGGUAUGGACAUAUAGGGUACCUCCUCCUAUGCCUUCUAAGAAAACAGUAAUGCUAGCUAAUGGACUUGGUGGAUUGUGUUGGUUUUGGAUUCUCUACCAUCUUGCUACUGAGCCGGAACAUGUCUUCGGUGAAUUCACAUAUGUUGAUCCUAGCACUUGGACAGAUGAAGAAUUAGGCAUUCCACCGGAUUCUGUAGGACCACUAAAGAAUUAAAUGAAGGCAAAUUUAAUGUUCCUUAAAUAUAUUACUUAUUGUAGCCUACAGUUUCGUUAUUUGUUUAAUAAAUAGUAUUUAUUAAA